UUGAGCCUGCAUCGCAAAUGACUUGAGGCAAGGCAAAACAUUCAAAACAAGUGGUCAAUUUUUCAACGUGACUUCUAAAUUAGACAUUCUCUCUCUGUUUUUCUGUGUUUGUUCGUAUGCAUCAAUAAUCGAAUUAACUUUGGUUUUUACAAAAAUCAGUUUGCAAUGAAUGAAACAGUGCCUCCUAGAAUCGUGUGUAUGAAUUACAAAGGCAUAAGAUCCAAAGGUUUCUUCUUUGGCGAUAGUCCUUUCAAUUACCCAUCUUCGGUCCUUUUUCUACAGCUCUCCAUAUCUGCAUUGCUCACAUCCUUUCUCCAAAUGGUUCUCAACCCACUUGGCGAAUCUGCUUUCAUUUCCCAGAUGCUUGUAGGUAUUGCAUUGGGACCGUCUGUUCUAGGAAGACACAAUGCGUUUGUGAAGAAAGUUUUCCCGCGGGCGAGUUUUUACGUCACCGAAACGUUUGCCUUCUUCGGCUGCAUGCUGUUCAUGUUCCUCGUCGGAGUUAAGAUCGAUUUGAAUUCGGUGAAGCACUCGGGAAAGAGAGGCCUCGCGAUCGGGUUGUGUUGUUUCUUUCUCCCUCUGUUGCUCAACACCUCCGUGGCUUUACUUUUGCAGCGAACGGUGAAGAUGGAUCCCGUUCUAAACAAGUCCAUAAUCAGCAUCGCGGUGUUUCAGUCCUCCAGCUCUUUCCACGUCACAACAUGUCUUUUAGCCGAUCUGAAACUCCUGAACUCAGAGCUCGGGCGCUUAGCAGUGUCUUCGUCGAUGAUCAGCGGGAUGUUGUCAUGGUGCGGUCUAAUUAUGGCCUUCACCGUAAGGCAAAGUUCGUUUGGAGGGGACAAAGCGUUGCUAUUUAUGGCAUUAAGCUUGUGCUUCGUGGUGAUUCUAAUAGUAUUUGUAAUGAGGCCAAUUAUGCGCUCAAUUGUUAGACAUACAUCCAUGUGGAGAGGAAUCAAAGAGAAAUACACCUUUUCCAUAUUUCUGAUGGUCCUGUGCUGUGCUUUCCUUGGUGAGUUUAUCGGCCAGCAUUUCAUGCUGGGGCCUAUGGUGUUGGGCCUGGUCGUGCCGGAUGGGCUGCCGCUGGGGUCGGCAUUGGUCGAUAAGCUAGAUUCUUAUGUCUCGUUGAUUCUGUUGCCGGGCUAUUUCGUGCUCAGCGGUGCCGCGAUAGAUGUACACUCUGUGUCGAUGAAGACAUUCGCAGUUGUUUGGCUUUUCGUAAUUUGUAGUUUCUUUGCCAAACUCACUGGGGCUAUGGUGCCUUCGCUCUUGUGCAAAAUGCCCCUGGUUGACGCCCUUUCUCUUGGCCUUGUUGUGAGUGCUCAAGGCAUCACUGACAUCCUCAUAUGGCAAAAUGGCAUGAUGCUUCUUCUGAUCGACCAAAAAUCCUAUAGCAUCAUGGUGAUAUCAACCGUGGUACUAACUGGAACAGUAACACCCAUAGUGAAGAAGCUCUACAACCCUUCCAAGCGUUAUGCCACCACCAAGAGAAGAACCAUCGAGCACGCCUCCUCCCACGACUCCGAGCUCCGCCUCCUCGCCUGCGUCCACCACCACGACAACACCCCGUCCCUCAUCCGCCUCCUCGACAUCUCCAACCCCACAACCACCAGCCCCCUCUGCUUCUACGUCGUCCACCUCAUCCCGCUGGCCGGCCGCUCUACCCCGCUCCUUAUAACUCACCGUCCUGGCCGCCGAACCUCCUUCCACUCCACCCUCUCCGACCGCAUCAUCCACGCCUUCCGCCUCUUCGAGCACCACAAUUCUGGCAAGGUCAUGAUGUCACCCAUCACCGCCAUGGCCCCCUGCGCCAGCAUGCACAACGACGUCUGCUCCCUUGCCUUUGAGAAGCGGGCCUGCAUCGUCAUCGUUCCCUUCCACAAGCAGUACUGGUCACAACACGGCGCAGCCGCCACCGCUAAUAACCACGAGGCCCUCAGGGCUGUCAACCUCAACAUCCUCAGAAACACGCCCUGCUCCGUCGGCAUCCUGGUCGACCGCGGCAGCAGCAGCAGCAGCGCGGCCGUCAAUUACUUGUCCUCCAAGGGAACUUACUCCGUCGGGGUCAUAUUCAUCGAGGGACCGGACGACCGGGAAGCUUUGGCGUACGCAAUGCGGAUGGCGGGAAAGGCUAACGUCUGCGUAACGGUCAUCCGGUUGGUCGACAGUUACGUGGAGCCUUCGCAGAAUGAUUUGGACAUGGUGGACAAAUUCAAGGCUUUUCUCAAGAGCAGCAGCAAUACUAGUACUAAAAAGAAGCAUUUCUACAAGGAAAAGGCGGUGAAGAACAGCUUGGAGAUGAUAAACGUGAUCCGGUCGAUGGAGAAUCAGUCGUACAACCUGAUUUUAGUCGGGAGACGGCAUUUUAGCGAGUCGCCGCUCUUUGCGGGGCUGACGGAGUGGAACGAAUACCCGGAGCUGGGAUCAAUAGGGGACGUGCUGGCGUCGGGGGAUACUAAUAGCGAGUUCUCGCUGUUGGUGGUUCAACAACACGCCUUUGAAGGGGUCAAAGAUCCAGAUAGCCCCAAGUAUCAUGUUAUGAUGAUGAUGAAUAGCGCCGUCUCUGUUCAGGUCGAUGUAGUGCCCAGUCAUCAUCAUAAUAACUUGGGUAGUAAAGUGACCAGGCCACGGCCAGUCCCAGUUUCUAUGGAAACAAACAGAAAAUCCAGAGAUCAGGUGUAGACGGUUUGUAUGUAUCAUAUAUAUAGACGAAUAAUCUGAUCAAAUAUGUACUCUUUUUUCACCUGCACGAUAUUAUGGUGUAUUUGUAUGAUCACUAUUAUCAUAUUAUUAAU